AUGCCAGCUCCAACUGAUUCUACCCAUCUUCCAAUUAGGGAACAAAUGGAAGCCCUAAUUCGUCGUAAGCAAAAAGAAAUCACCGAAGGUCUGGAAUCUGUUGAUACCGUUAAGUUUCAUCCAGAUGAAUGGCAACGUGGUAACGAUGGUGGUGGUGGUAGAUCUAUGGUUAUCUCUAACGGUUCCACUUUUGAAAAAGGUGGUGUCAAUAUUUCUGUUGUUUAUGGUAAUUUGACCCCAGGUGGUGUUGUCGCUAUGAAGAAUGACCACGCUGAUUUGGAACUACCAACUGAUCCAAACACUGGCUUACCAGUUGCUGAAGGUGUCAAGUUCUUUGCUUGUGGUCUAAGUAUGGUUAUUCAUCCAUUUAACCCACAUUGUCCAACUACCCAUUUGAACUACAGAUACUUCGAAACUUGGAACCCAGAUGGUACUCCACAAACCUGGUGGUUUGGUGGUGGUGCUGAUUUGACUCCAUCUUACCUAUAUGAAGAAGAUGCUGAACACUUCCAUACUUUACAUAAGCAAGCUUUGGAUAAGCAUGAUACUUCUUUGUAUCCAAAAUGGAAGAAAUGGGCUGAUGAAUAUUAUUUGAUCAAGCACCGUGGUGAAACCAGAGGUAUUGGUGGUACUUUCUUUGAUGAUUAUAACGAAAAAGAUCCAAAGGAAAUUCUAAAGAUUGUCGAAGAUUCCUUUGAUGCUUUCUUACCAUCUUACUUACCAAUAAUCAAGAAGAGAAAGGAUAUGCCAUACACCGAAGAAGAAAAAAAGUGGCAGUUGAUUAGACGUGGUAGAUACGUUGAAUACAAUUUGAUCUACGACAGAGGUACUCAAUUCGGUCUAAGAACCCCUGGUUCCAGAGUUGAAUCCAUCUUGAUGUCUCUACCAGAACAUGCUUCAUGGGUUUACAACCAUCAACCAGCUCCAGGUUCAAGAGAAGCUAAAUUAUUGGAAGCUACCGCUAACCCAAGAGAAUGGGCCAAAUAA